CAUCGCUCUGAUACGUUUGUCACGAAACGCGUCGUUUAAUAGCGAUGUACGCCCGAUCUGUCUCCCAAUGGGACCCGAAUACCAGACGACGGCAUCUAAGUACUUCGUUGCUCCACGAGGACAGGAUUACACUUCGUUGAACACUGACACGAUCGAAAUCACUGAGGUUGAUCUGGUCACAGCUGAUCAGUGUCAAAACCGUCUAUAUGAGCUGAUACAGAUGAAAAGAACGAUUCACGAAUCUCAAAUCUGUGCGCUCCAAUCGGGUCGUUUCGAUGACUGUAGAAACUCCGGUGGACCACUGACAGCGUUAGACCGCAAUGGGCGCCACGUACAGUACCGGGUAGCUUCUUACGGGUUGAACGCUUGCAAUCUAGAUAAUGCACCCGUCGUGUACACCAGGGUGGAAAGCUUCAUCGAUUGGAUACUGAGCAGUCUCGCAAUACAGUGA